AGCCUUCACGUGAUUCAUCUAAAAAUAACAGUUUACAACUUGAGUCCAAAUAUAGAUGACUAUCAACACAGUUUCAGCCUGCAUAUAUACCUCUGUAUCUGCCGCUUAACUUAAAGUAGUGGAUAGUGAAUUAUUUUUUUUUUUUUUAUUUAUCCUUUUUUGCCUUAUUUACUUUUAGAAUUCAGCUUCAAGAAAGAAAACAUUUUUUCAAACUACUUAGGACCGACCCAGUGCAGGAACUAAAAAAAAAAAGAAACAGAAAAAGACUGGGUUAAAUUUAAUCAAGGAUUCACCUGACGGGAAACUCCCACAGUGCCAGAUAAUAAAAGCGUUUGAAUACAAGUUACAAGGAAGUCAUAUCAUAACAUUCAUAAGAGACGAGGAACAACGCUGACCCUUAGUUUAACCAAGUAUUUUUUAAUUUCAACAACUUGAAGCACAGAAGCCUACCAUGAGCGGAUACCCAUGUAAGUACAACAUGUGAUAUUGUUUACAUUUAAACUCAGUGAACAUAUUCAAAAGAGGGAUCUUGAUGCCCAUAUGAUUUCGGAUAAACUUUAUAAAAAAUCGGGAUCUUUUCGUAUAACGUUAUAAAUAUGUUUUAUCUUGUACUAGCUCCUUUUUAACUACCUUAAAAACAAAUCAGGUACAGUUUCACUUCGCGUAGCCCCGUCUAUGGAUUGGAGUAUCUAAUUUUUUCACCAAGUCAAAAUAUCUAUUUUUUUUCCCCAUAACAAUUUAUCAUCUCUUAUUUUAUGUAAGAAUUUAAAGCUUGGGAUCGCCCCCCCCCCCCCCCCCCCCCCAAAAAAAAAAACUACUUCAAUGAAAGGCUCUUGUUUCAAUCAAAGCAACAUAAAUAUUUAUAAAUCGCCUCAUCUUCACGAGGCGACGGGGUAGCUAUGGACACAUAAACAUAUGCGAUAAGAUUCUUUAUUGAUCCAAACAAAUGGAAACGUUUUUUGAUUGCAUUGUAAAUUUUCAGCAGUUUUAAAAAACAAUUUGAACACAAGACAUUUUUAAUAAUUUUUUCACUAGCAGCCAUUCAGUGAGUUCUCUUAGCCAUAUCAGGGACUUAUUAGUUCUCAUUAAGAUGUGUGACUUCGUGGGAAGCACGCUGGUAAAUUCUUACAUUCUUUUGGGGAACAAAAGAAUUUUUACAUCUUUCAGUCCUCGCCCUGACGGAAAAGAAUUCGUCCCGAACGGGCCGAUCCUAAGUAUCUGUGAUGAAGAGGGUGGGAUGUAGCAUCAUCCAAAAUGUGUUGAGUUUUUACAAUAACAUCUUUCUUCAAAUAUGCAAUGAAAUAUACAAGUUAAGCUCGACUCCAAGAACUGGCGCCUGCAUAUCGGCCAAGCGUGUUACAGCUUUUAUAAACCGAGUCAUGAGGUCUUGGUGGUUUGCUUUGUUUAAAUCUAGUCUUUGUGUUCAGAUUCAAGCGAAAUGUGUGUGUCUUGUUCAUUGCUAAGUUCGGUCAACUUAACAAGGAAUGUCAUCUCAUGUUUCAGACAACGGCUACCCCUACCCAGCUGGGUCCGUCCCACCCCCAGAAAACAGAGGUAUACCCCCAUACCCUUACCCCCAACCCCCGAACGUCACCUACGUCGUCAACCCCACGCCCGUCCCUCCCCCGCCCACCACCACGAUUGUGUACGAGACCCCAGCACCAGUGUUCAGAGUGAGUCUUCUAUUUUUGUUUAUUAUUACUAUUAUUUUUUUUACACUUAGUUUGCGCUCAUCUUUAUUUAUUUUUUUAAAAAUGAUAAUGAUAUUUAUCUUAAUGAUGAUUUCUGUAUGAAAAUGUAUUAUCAUAGAGGGGCAUGGAAGGGUUAGUGUGUAUAUUUAUGAAUCUGGAGUGGCAGUCUUGGCUGGGUCUCUCGCAGUAGAGACCCCCCCCCCCCUUUGACUGACUUUCUUUUUUUUGUCUUUGGCUUCCUUCAUUGCUCUUUUUGCCAUAGAGGCUCUUUUUCUUUAUGAAUCUGGAGUGGCAGUCUUGGCUGGGUCUCUCGCAGUAGAGCCCCCCCCCCCCUUUGACUGACUUUCUUUUUUUUGUCUUUGGCUUCCUUCAUUGCUCUUCUUGCCAUAGAGGCUCUUUUUCCGCGCGCAUCCUCUAUCGGGUUUCCCCAUAUCCACAGCCAGAAGUGUCAUCAGCGAUGCUCUUCCAUUUUGCCAAAUUUCUCUAACACUCAUCGUAUAUAUUAAAACCACACCGUUUCAGUUUAACAUUAAACUAGUUUCAAAUCCCCACGUACUAAGAACAACACUUAUUUUAUAUUGACUAAGUGUGUGUGUGUGUGUGUUUUUUUUUUUCUCCUCUCCCCAGCCCGGACCAGGUUUGGGUGUCGGUCUCGGCAUCGGUGCUGGACUGGCUCUGGCUGGCAUGGCCAACCAUCACGACCAUCAUUCCCACCAUCACCACUUCAACCCCUUCCACCAUCAUCACGGACACCAUCAUGGACACCACGGCGGACACCAUUAGCUCUGAUGGUCCCGCGCUGGUGUGCUUCAUGUGACGUUUGAAGGACCAGCUCUGCGACCUCAGAAGAAACUUUGUCCUCAAAUUAUUGUUAUCUUUGUGAAGCGAAGAUAAACAAAAAAUCGCUCACCUUGUUAGGAUAUUUAAAUUGAUACAAACAAUCAAUUAAUAAUGAGUAUGAUUAUGAUUUUUUUUUAAAUUAUUAUUAUGAUUAUGAUUGAUUACUGAAAGAUAUUCAAUAUAACAAUCAGUUCUUUUGUCAUAUUUUUAGUUGUUGUUGUUUUAUUUCAACUGUACAUCUUUUCUAAAAUGCUAGCGUUACAGACAUUCAGUUUCGAACCAAUAAUAGUUCAAUUUGUACUUGACCCAUGAUUCACAAACGACCUUGACGGAAUGUGUACAAAAACACUUUGACCUCUCACGCAUGCAAGCACCACUUCCCUCCCCGCCCUUAAGCAUGCACCACAAUUGGUUUCCUGGUUCAGUGUGCAAAAUAUCGCUUUUCAGUUUACGGAUACCUCAAGUGACUUUUCUACCAUAAUGUUUACCUUAAAUCUGCGUCACACUCUGUGCGGACUCUGGACUGCGUCACUCUCUGUAUGGACUCCGGACAGCGUCACUCUCUGUAUGGAAUCCGGACAGCGUCACGCUCUGUACGGACUCCAGACAGCGUCACGCUCUGUACGGACUCCGGACAGCGUCACUCUCUGUACGGACUCCGGACAGCGUCACUCUCUGUACGGACUCCGGACAGCGUCACUCUCUGUACGGACUCCGGACAGCAUCACGCUCUGUACGGACUCCGGACAGCGUCACUCUCUGUACGGACUCCGGACAGCGUCCCUCUCUGUACGGACUCCGGACAGCGUCACUCUCUGUACGGACUCCGGACAGCGUCACUCUCUGUACGGACUCCGGACAGCGUCACGCUCUGUACGGACUCCGGACAGCGUCACGCUCUGUACGGACUCCGGACAGCGUCACUCUCUGUACGGACUCCGGACAGCGUCCCUCUCUGUACGGACUCCGGACAGCGUCACUCUCUGUACGGACUCCGGACAGCGUCACUCUCUGUACGGACUCCGGACAGCGUCACUCUCUGUACGGACUCCGGACAGCGUCACUCUCUGUAUGGACUCCGGACAGUGUCACUCUCUGUACGAACUCCGGACAGCGUCACUCUCAGUACGGACUCCGGACAGCGUCACUCUCAGUACGGACUCCGGACAGCGUCACUCUCUGUACGGACUCCGGAUAUAUUUUCAUGCAGUUGUUUUGACGGAAUUUUAAAAUUAUAACAUUUCAAAAACGAAUUAAAUGGCUUUUUUUCAAAAAAAACUGUAUGAGACUUGCUCUAUAUUAAGACUGGUCGGAUAAACUAGUUAUUAAAAACGACAUUCUCUAUAAAACCAACAAGGGCGUUGAUGCGUAUCACUCUCUUAACAAGGGCUCUAAUCGAACUUUUUGUUGUCUACUGGGGGGGGGGGAAGCAUUAUGAGCUCGCGCUCGACGUCCCACCGACGCCAUUUCCCAAUGAUGACGUUGCCUACAAGACUAUGACUAAAGAAACUGUUUCCAAUUUAAAAGGGUGACUUGGAGUCCCAUUGCCGUGGUGCUUAUGUUGACAGCCUCUCGUGUAUUGCAACUUUACUUUAGACAGCAUUGCACUCAGAAAUAGACAAGA